CUUUUUAUCUGACGCCCCCAUUUUUCGCUACAUUUUUUUUUCCGACCCAAAAAUAACGGAGAGAAUCCAACGCUCUUUCCUCUUGGAUCUGGAAGUUGUUUUCCGGCGUCUGGUUUGUGGUUUUACGGGGAAGGAUUGGCUUUUCCCGGCGAGCUUUGGGCUCUGUUGAGAGAAGGCUGGGAACAUUCUUCAUGAUUUAUACCUGAUGAAUGGUUCGUUGGGUUUGAAACAAAAUAUGGGAUGAGAUUUGUAGAAUCCUCUCGAAGUCAUGGUUCCCAAUUACUAUGAAUAAUGGCAAGACUCUUUAAUCUUUGAGGGUGCCUUGAUUUGGCGUUCAGUGGCAAAAAAUUAAACCAAGAAAGGUCGGGUUUUGCUUUGAUGACUAGGGGUAACCACAAACUUGAGGCUUCGUUUGUGUAUCAUAUUCCAUUUUCAUUGGAGCAUCUAGGCUUAGUUGGGGUGUCAGGAUGUGCGUGAUCUCUUGCCAGCCGAACUUAGGGCUUUUAUCUCUUCUUUGUGGGGUAAAAAGUUCACUGAUAAACUCAAGACCAAGAUCAUAGAGAAUGAGAAUUAUUCCGGUAUACCCUAAGGGUUGGGGACCAGAAGGAUUAGCUGAAUUUAACAAUCACAAGAGAGAUGAACAUGGGCCAGUUAGAGAUGGAAUCAUGGGAGAGGGGCAAGGGCUCUCAGAGGAGGAUGAAUCUAGGAUUAAUGAAGCGGCUGAUAAUAACAUUAAUGGUUCCCCACCUUUAAGGGAAGCAAUAGAUGCUGUGGUCCAAGCUGAACAAGCAAGACCACCACAACAACAUGCCCAAGGACCGGUGGUUCAAUGGGAGAGGUUUCUUCCUCUCAGAUCAUUGAAGGUUUUGUUGGUAGAAAAUGAUGACUCGACUCGCCAAGUUGUGAGUGCUCUGCUUCAGAACUGCAGCUAUGAAGUGACUUCUGCUGCAAAUGGGCUACAAGCAUGGAAAGUUCUUGAAGAUUUAAGUAACCAUAUAGAUCUUGUCCUGACUGAGGUAGUCAUGCCUUAUUUGUCAGGCAUUGGUCUUCUUAGCAAGAUUAUGAAUCACAAAACUUGCAAGAAUAUCCCUGUGAUUAUGACGUCGUCUCAUGAUUCUAUGGGUGUAGUAUUUAAGUGUUUGUCAAAGGGUGCGGUUGACUUCCUAGUGAAGCCCAUUCGGAAGAAUGAGCUGAAAAACCUUUGGCAGCACGUUUGGAGACGAUGCCAUAGUUCUAGCGGCAGUGGGAGUGAAAGUGGAAUACAAGAUCAAAACUCCCCAAAGUCAAAGAAUGCGGAUGAUUCUGAUAACAAUGCUGGUAGCAAUGAUGGGGAUGACAAUGGAAGCUUUGGCCCCAAUGACAGGGAUGGAAGCGAUAAUGGAAGUGGAACUCAGAGUUCCUGGACAAAACGAGCAGUGGAAGUAGAUAGUCCCCAACCAAUGUCACCAUGGGGUAAAUCAAGUGAUCCACAUGACAGUACCUGUGCCCAAGUAAUCCAUCCAAAGCAAGAAAUAUUUGGCAACAACUGGAUCCCCUUUCCUGAAAUUAAGGAGAGCCAAGAACAAAAGAAACAAUUGCUUGGGGAUUGUGUGACCGGCAAAGAUUUGGAAAUUGGAGUACCCCGGAAUCCAGAUAGACCAGUUGAAAUUUAUAAGAAGGAUUGCACUAAUGAGGGUGUAAUACAUAUUGUCAGUCAUGAACCGAAUCAUAAAGAAAACAAGGAUGAUGCACGAAAGGAACUCCUGGUGCAAGGUAGUGAUGACACUUCAACAGAGCCAGCUGCUCAGGCUGCUGAUCUCAUUGCUACCAUUGCCAACAGCACAAAUGCCCAUAUUCAAGCUGGUAAUAAGGAGGUUCAAGCUUCCACUUUGAAAGCCUUGGAUGUUGAAGAGGGAACUCCGGAAUCCAAAGAUUUACCCUUCCUAGAGUUGAGCUUGAAAAGGCUGAGAUCGGUAGCAGAUGGGGGUGCUGACGCUGAUGAGGACAAGAACAAAUUGAGACAUUCUGGAUCCUCAGCUUUCUCUAGAUAUAAUACUGGUAGUAUUCAGUCCACCCAUCUUUCAGGCAUUGGAGGGAGCUGCUCCCUUCCGGUGAACAACUCUGAUGCUGUGAAACCAGGCCUCGUUUGCAACAUGGAAAAAACCAACCGCAACCAUUGCGCUCAUGGCAGCAGUGACAACGAUGAUAUGGGAUCUUCCUCCAAGAACAUAUUCUCAAAGCCUGCAACUCUCAUCGACAAAUUAGCAACAGAUUCAGCCCCAAUAUGCCUUCAUCCCUCAUCUUUCCAAUCUGCUCAGUAUAACCACAGUUGUCCAUCUGAACUUGGGCAGCAAGAGGAAGUUGAUGUGGGUGACAACAUGGGGAUCAUGCAACAAACUCAACAUAAGGGUCAUCAAUUGCAGGUUCAGCAUCACCACCACCACCACCACCAUCACCAUCACCAUCACAUGCAUGGGGUUCAGCAGCCACAACAAGAUAACGAUGACAUAUCCCUCAAAAACAUGGCAGCAAAUGCACCACAGUGUGGCUCAUCUAAUAUAUUUGGAGGUGGUGGGGAUGGAAAUGCUUUGAAUUAUAGCGUGAAUGGGAGUACAUCAGGGAGUAAUCAUGGGAGCAAUCUGCCCAAUGGAAGCAGCACGGGGGUGAAUGCAGGUGGAACCAAUGUUGAGAGCGAGACCGGUGUAGUGGGGGCCAGUACUGCAGGUGGGAGUGGGAGUGGGAGCGGGGUGGACCAGAACCGGUCUGCUCAACGUGAGGCAGCGCUCAUGAAGUUUCGGCAGAAAAGGAAGGAGAGGUGCUUUGAGAAGAAGGUGAGAUACCAAAGCCGAAAGAGACUAGCCGAACAGCGACCUCGAGUGCGUGGGCAGUUCGUGAGGCAGAACGUGUAUGAGGCAACAAGUCACGACAACGCUCAAUAGGAUCAGCACAGGUUGUGUGUACAUGAGUUAGUAUUAGUAUGUUGUCAUAGGCCAUUCCAGUGUUUCAGAGAAAUGGACUUGAAACUCUUGAAUCAAACUGUUUGUUAAGGACUGCUUAGAAAGAAGACCACGCAGGAGUGGGCGUCCUUCAAAAGGGGCAGUCCCCCUCCUCGCAGAAAUAAUGUUUAUUUAUUCUUCUAUGUUUUCCUUAAAUGUUUAGUGUUACAAAACACGUAAUGCUUGAAUGGACGUUUGAGGUUUUCGGAAAGCAAAGGGCAUCCUCGUGCUGAGUGUGCCUUCCGUUGUGUCUA